AUGUCACCUUAUCAGCUUGUCUAUGACAAAGCUUGUCACUUGCCAAUGAAACUAGAGCAUAGAGCAUAUUGGGCAACAAAGUUUCUUAAGUUUAAUACAAAUGCUGCGGGAGAGAAGAGGUUGCUUCAACUAGAUGAUUUUGAUGAGUUUAGAGUGGAAGUUUAUGAGAAUGCCAAGCUUUACAAGGAGAAAACCAAAAUGUGGCAGGACAAGAGGAUCUCCACAAGAAUAUUUGAUCCUGGACAAAUGGUGCUUCUCUUCAAUUCAAGGCUAAAGCGCUUCUCAAGAAAGUUGAAGUCUAGAUGGUUUGGGGUUUUUACUAUCACCAAGGUGUCACCAUAUGGUUAUGUAGAGGUUAUGGAAGAGAGUUCUGGGAGGAAGUUCAUUGUCAAUGGUCAGAGACUUAAGCACUACCUUGGAGGAGACAUAGAUUGUCAAAGAACUAUUCAACUUCUCACCUAA